CGCGUGGAACAGUUGAAUCAACUUUCUCUCAUUAGUUAAGGCCGUUGCUUAAUUACUUAUACUUCUCUUUUACUAUAGCCCUUUUAAUUCAAUUGUAUUUUUCUCUUUUCUGUUCUCCUUUCACCGAGCAAAUAGAAGAUAAUGUCUCCGGCUCUUGCUCCCCAGGCUGGUGCGGGUUCCGCAACCAAAAAUGUCAAGAAGGAGUCUGCGACUGCUCGUCUCCUUGGAUCCGGAACUUCCGGCAUUGCCGAGUUAAUCAUUUUCCACCCUGUCGAUACCAUUGCGAAGCGAUUGAUGAGCAACCAGGGCAGGAUAUCGUCGAUGAAUGUGUUCAACCAGGUCAUCUUCAAGGAGUAUGCCGAAGCCUCUGCCGGCCGCAAGUUCACCUCGCUCUUCCCUGGCCUGGGUUAUGCUGCUGGAUACAAGGUUCUUCAAAGAAUCUAUAAGUAUGGCGGCCAGCCCUUCGCUCGUGAUUACUUGGCGCAGCACUACAGUGCGGACUUUGACGCCGCGUUUGGAAAGGGAACUGGCAAGGCUGUUAUGCAUGCCACCGCUGGAAGCUUGAUCGGUAUCGGAGAGAUCGUUCUCCUUCCUCUGGAUGUGCUGAAGAUCAAGCGUCAGACCAACCCGGAGGCUUUCCGCGGCCGUGGUUUGUUUAAGAUUAUUUCCGAUGAGGGUAUGGGGCUCUACCGUGGCGCUGGCUGGACUGCUGCUCGUAACGCUCCUGGAUCAUUUGCUUUGUUCGGUGGUUCUGCCUUUGCCAAGGAGUACAUCUACGGCCUGACCGACUACAACUCUGCGACCUGGGGCCAGAACUUUGUUGCUUCCAUCUGCGGUGCCAGCGCCUCCCUUGUUGUGUCCGCCCCUCUCGACGUGAUCAAGACCCGUAUCCAGAACCGCAAUUUCGAGAACCCCGAAUCCGGAUUCCGCAUCAUCUCAAACAUGGCCAAGAACGAGGGUUUCACCAGCUUCUUCAAGGGUCUGACCCCCAAGCUGCUGAUGACCGGCCCUAAGCUUGUGUUCAGUUUCUGGCUGGCACAGACCCUGAUCCCUGCAUUCGGCCAGGUCGUAUAAAGCUGGACCACAUAUCUUCCAUUUCCUUUUCCCUCAUGGCCUUCCCGCA